AUGCAAAUCGGUCGAGUCGGUAUUAUUAUUUUAAUAUCUCUUAUUAUUUUCGAACAUAGCUGGUGUCACCCAGCGUCAGUUUCCGCAAAUGAUUGGGUUUACACUGGUAAUAUGUCCUGCAAUCGAGCAUAUCACGCUGCAUCUUUAUUAGCGAACGGAAAAGUAUUAGUCACUGGUGGAAGCAACAUAGCUGUUGGAUGGAAUACUGUAGAAUUAUAUGAUCCCUCAACAGGUCGUUGGACGUUUACUGGCAAUAUGAGCUCUGUUCAUGCUUUACACACCGCAUCUACGCUGAAAAACGGAAAAAUAUUAGUCGCUGGUGGUGGUACUACCACCGCUGAAUUGUAUGAUUAUGAAACUGGUCGUUGGACUGUCACUGGUAGCAUGAAAAUUCGAAGAUCUUUACACACAGCAUCCGUGUUAAACAAUGGAAAAGUAUUAGUUGUGGGUGGUCUAGAUAUCGUUAGAAGUGCAGAACUGUAUGAUCCGGUGACAGGACGAUGGACCGAAGCUGCAAGUUUAAACUAUGAUCGACAGUAUCAUACGGCUACUGUAUUAGCCGAUGGAAGAGUUCUGGUAGUGGGUGGCUAUGAGAAAAGCGCAGAAAUAUACGACCCGUCUACUGGCCGUUGGACUCUUACCGGCGACUUGGUAGAAGCACGAGUAAUGCAUACGGCAAUCCUGUUAAAGGAUGGUAAAGUGUUAGUCGCUGGAGGAUUCGGUCAAACAGUUGAAUACCCGACUAGCACCGAUAUUUAUGACCCAACUACCAAUACCUGGACUAGAACUGAUGACGGAGUUGUAGUAGGACUGAUGCUUAAAAUGGGUUUGUUGCAUGAUGGCCGAGUAAUAUCCGCAGGUGGGCAGUUUUUAGAUCCCGAGAAGAAACUUCGUAGUCCUAGCCAAGGUGCUUUUAUUUAUGAUCCAAGCACCGGUCAUUGGACUGAUAUUAGCUUCAUGCACACGUACCGAUCGGAUCAUACAUUAACUGUAUUGAGCGAUGGCAGAGCUUUAGUAGUUGGAGGAAUGGAUAUGUACGCAACAUUUAGUGCUGAGUUGUACGAUCCAACAAAGAGCUGA